CUUCCGGCGGCGCUUCCGGGCCUUGGGGGCCUCCGAGAUGUGGCCGCUGCCGGGCGUGCCGCUGCUGACCAACCUGCUGCUGUCGCUGGCGGGCUUCGGGGCCACGGUGACCCUCAUCCCCGCCUUCAAGGAGCACUUCGUGGCCGCCCGCCUCUGCGGCCUCGACCUCAACAAGGCCUCCCGGCAGCCCCUCCCAGAAUCCCAGGGGGUCAUCAGCGGGGCAGUGUUCCUGAUCAUUCUCUUCUGCUUCAUCCCAGUGCCCUUCCUGAGCUGCCUAGUUGAGGAGCAGUGCAAGGCAUUCCCACACCAUGAGUUUGUGGCUCUCAUUGGCUCUCUCCUGGCCAUCUGCUGCAUGAUCUUUCUGGGCUUUGCGGACGACGUCCUCAACUUGCGAUGGCGCCACAAGCUCCUUCUGCCUACCAUGGCGUCCUUGCCCCUGCUGAUGGUGUACUUCACCAAUUUUGGGAAUACGACCAUUGUGGUGCCCAAGCCCUUCCGGAUGUUGCUGGGCCUGCAUCUGGACCUGGGCUUCCUGUAUUACGUGUACAUGGGCAUGCUGGCCGUGUUCUGCACCAAUGCCAUCAACAUCCUUGCUGGGAUCAACGGGCUGGAGGCUGGGCAGUCGCUGGUGAUCGCCGCUUCCAUUAUCACCUUCAACAUCAUAGAACUGAAUGGAGACUACAGAGAUGACCACAUUUUCUCCCUCUACUUCAUGAUUCCCUUUUUCUUCACCACAUUGGGGCUCCUGUAUCACAACUGGUACCCAUCCCAGGUGUUUGUGGGCGACACCUUCUGCUAUUUUGCUGGCAUGACCUUUGCUGUGGUGGGCAUCCUUGGGCAUUUCAGCAAAACCAUGUUGCUCUUCUUUAUCCCUCAAGUGCUGAACUUCCUCUACUCCUUGCCCCAACUCUUCCACAUCAUCCCCUGCCCACGCCAUCGGCUGCCCAGAUUCAGCCGUGAGACAGGCAAGCUGGAGAUGAGCUACUCGAGAUUCAAAGCCAAGAGCCUCUCUCCCUUGGGAGCCUCCAUCCUCAAGAUGUCUGAGCGUCUCCACAUGGUCGACGUACAUCAGGGGGUGGACAAAGAUGGCGAAUACGUGGAGUGCAGCAACAUGACUCUCAUUAACUUGGUGAUAAAGCUGAUUGGCCCAACUCCUGAGAGAACGCUGACACUUUUGCUGCUGCUGAUCCAGGUUGCCGGGAGCAUCAUUGCAUUUUCUGUCCGGUACCAGCUUGUGCGGCUCUUCUAUGACAUCUGAGCUACUGCUGCUGUCUUCCUCGGCCUGCCUCCAGGGUGGUGCUGCGGUUCAGUUGGCAGCCAGCCUGCUUCCCAGAGACAGAAGGAUUCCUUGGAAGAUGGUCUUCGAGGCCGAGUGGUGCUUCUGGCGGGGUUUUGAAUGCAGCACUUUUAUGACACCCGCAGGUGUGGAAGGAAGGGGCCAUAACACAUGUAGAGGGGAAUAGAGAGGGGUCAGGAGUUGGAGUAUUGCUCUCCUGCUUGCUGGGCCUGUGCAGGCAAGCAGCUUGAAUGCCUGCCCUUUCUGCUGUAAAUCUCCUGCUCAGAGAACACCCCCUUCCCUCAUGCUCCCACCCUGCUUUUCCCGGACUCUGGCACCUGCCUCUGUAUGCAGAAGUGAUGAGAGAAGGCUGUCGCAGCAGGGAUCCGUGGCUUCCUCUGUGAACUGAACCCUCAAAGCCAAAGUGCUGCGGCCUCAAAGCCCCGAAUCUGCGCUUGCUCUAGUGUGUGUCUGUGGGGAGGGGACUCUGUCCUUGUUUCCCCCUUGCUGCCUAGAGGGCUGGCUCCUAAGGACGUCGCUGUGAUUGUCCUGGGGGCGUGGGCGGGGAGGCAGGGAAGUUGCUGCUGAGGCUGCCAGCCUGCGUUGUCCUUCCUGCUGACCUCCGGAGGCCUGAAGCCCCUGCUCACGCUGCUGCUGCUGCUUGGGCCCCUUCUGUCUGCAUCCUCCCCAGUGGCAGUGCCCAGUCCUGCUGUGUUGCAGUCUCUCUGGUGCUUGUGGGGAUAGGAGGCAAGAGGAGCCUGAUGGAGCAGGGACUUCUGGGGUGGGGGGCUCAUUUUGGUGGCAAGAAUGGUGUCUGGUGGCAAUCAAGGCGGAACAGAUAGGAAAUCAAAACGGAACAAGACCCCUUUGGCCUUCCAGGCCGCUGCUGGUCAGGUCUGAGGAGGAGCGGGAGGUACAAUCGGGCAAAGCAGCCUCGUGGGUGCUGGACUGGCGGAUGGUGCACAGGAGUCCCUCAGAGGUGCUUAGCCAAAUGGCCCCUUUCCUUUUUAGCAGAGAGAUGGAACUCUACCUCCUCCUCCCCCCCUGUACGAGGCUUGAAUGUGGUCAGAAAUAAAUAUCCCACCUUCUUCUGUC